GCAUCAUCGGCUUCGCCAAAAACCUCACCGGCUCCAAUCCAUCCUUUCCUUAUCCCCUUCCUUUCCUCUCCCUUCCUUCCUUCCUUCCUUCCUUCGCCAUGGCAACCAUGUCCCUCCGCUCCCUCGCCAUGGCCAUGGCCGACACGGCCCUCCCGCCGGCCCACAAGCUCCUCCCCACGGUCUCCCUCCCGCUCCUCUCCUCAUCCACGCACGCCGCGCCGCUCCUCCUCCGCGCCAGCCGCCGCCUGCCGCUCGCGCCCCUCGUGGCCUCCUCCGACGCCGUCGAGGCGGGCGUCGAGUGGGCCGACGAGGAGGAAGAGGAGGAGGAGGAGGCUGGAGAGGCCUUCGACGAGGAGGCUGGGGAGGUUGAGGAGGAGGUGCUGGCCUCAGGCGACGAGGGUGAGGGGGAGUACGCCGCGGUCGAGCCGCCCGAGGAGGCCAAGGUCUACGUUGGGAACCUCCCCUACGACAUCGACAGCGAGGGACUCGCGCAGCUCUUCGACCAGGCCGGCGUCGUCGAGGUCGCCGAGGUUAUUUACAACAGAGAGACUGGCCAGAGCCGUGGGUUUGGCUUUGUUACCAUGAGCACUAUUGAGGAAGCUGACAAAGCCAUUGAGAUGUUCAACCGCUAUGACAUUAGCGGGAGGCUUCUGAAUGUAAACAGGGCAUCUCCUAGGGGCACUCGCAUGGAAAGACCUCCGAGACAAUUUGCACCUGCUUUCAGAGCUUAUGUUGGCAACUUGCCAUGGCAAGUUGAUGACUCUAGGCUGGUGCAAUUGUUCAGCGAGCAUGGAGAAGUUGUUAAUGCUACUGUUGUCUAUGAUAGAGAAUCUGGGCGUUCACGAGGAUUUGGUUUUGUAACAAUGGUGUCAAAGGAGGAACUCGAUGAUGCUAUUUCUGCGCUGGAUGGACAGGAAUUGGACGGGCGCCCUCUUCGAGUAAAUGUUGCAGCAGAGCGACCACAGAGGGGCUUUUGAUGCGGUGGUACGAGAGAGAUGGCUGCUUGUUUGUAAUGAGAACGGAGACAACGGAGGAGCAAUGGUACAAAUUAGCGGAAGCUGAUGCUGUCACAAGUUGCUAGAUCCCUCCCUUAGCUUCCUGAUGUUUGGUUCUUGCCACAUAGCUUUUUGAUGCUUCUCUUGGCAGCUGGACUUGAUGUUUUACUAUUCUUGUCGACAUCAUGAGUUGAAUUAUCCAAGUAGGCUUCUAUGUUCUAUCGAUAUGCCUUGAUCAGAUUCUCAUCGUGGCAAAAGGUUUUGUUGGUGAAACCGUAGGAGCAGCAAACCAAGAUUAUUAUUUAUAUCAGCUGUACGAAACCGUACCCAGCUUGUA